AUGGCACAUGCUUUAGUUUAUCUUCACCAUAAAAAUAUAAUCCAUCGAGACAUUAAGCCUGAAAAUCUUUUAUUGGGUCCAAACAAUGAUCUUAAAAUAGCUGACUUUGGUUGGUCAGUACAUGCUCCUGGUCAAAGACGUAGAACAUUUUGUGGCACAUUGGAUUAUCUUCCACCAGAGAUGGUUGAUGGUCUAGUUCAUGAUUCAAAGGCUGACUUGUGGAAUCUUGGAGUUUUAUGUUAUGAACUGUUGUCUGGUACAGUUCCAUUUUCAGGACCAGGUGGUCGCGAAGGUACACACAAAAGAAUAGUGAGAGUGGAGUAUUCAAUGCCUGAUCAUAUAUCAGAAGAUGCCAAACAUUUUAUUAAAUUGGUAACUACUAUCUUUACUGCUAUCCUGAUUAUUUCAAUAUUUACAAAAUAA